ACAGUGAGACGCAUUGCUGUCAUGUUGUCUCUCUCCCACCUCCUCCUUCUUCUCGUGGAGGGAGCCCAGCAUCGACCUUCAGGUUCAGAAUCAAGACUACAAAGACGGGCUAAUGCACUUCGGAGGAAACGGGAUCUCCUCUGGGAUGAGGUUGGUACACUACACCGAAGAAAACCAGAGCAAACAUACAGACCGCUGCUCUCCGAUGAGACUCUGUCACGCAACGUUUUGCACAACUACACUGCCAGAGACUCCUCCUCAGAAAAUUGUGGCUGCCUUAAUGGUGGCUGGUGUCAGGACGAUGGAGUGUGUGACUGUACCCAGUUCCAGGCGCUGGGAGACCGCUGUCAGAUUGUACCCAACCAGGGUCAAGACAGAGAUGGGAUCUGCAGGUCCUGGGGUCAGCACCACUUUGAGACCUUUGAUGGAAUCUACUUCUACUUACCUGGGACAUGCUCGUACGUCCUGGCCCAGGACUGCCACUCUGCAACACCACAGUAUACUGUGUGGGUGCACAACAGCCGAGUGUGCGACGGGAGUGUGUAUUCAUGUCCAAGAGCUCUUAGCUUGUUAUUCCCAAAUGAGGAAGAGAUUCACAUAUCUGGAUACCAUGUCCACCAGGGAGGACGCAGGCUCAGCCUGCCUCACACGAUAGGUGGCGUUUUUAUCGAGCGGCUGGCCGAUUACCUGCUGGUGAAGAGUGUUUUUGGCUUCUCCCUGGCCUGGGAUGGUGGCUCGGGGGUCUACUUGAAAAUGAGCGAGGAUCACCAGGGUGCUCCCUGUGGCUUGUGUGGGAAUUUCAACCACAUAGCCGGUGAUGACCUCACCACUGCCCGCGGCAUACGGACUGAUGAGCCUGCUGUGUUUGCUAACAGCUGGGCGGUGGACCUUCCUCGUGAAAGAGCCUGUCCCUCAGUGGACCUCGACUUCAGUGGACCGUGUGACUCAGAAUCAGACAUGGACGAUGCUACCGAGAAAUGCAGUGCUCUCCUCUUCUUCCCGUUUCUGUCCUGUCAUGAGAAUAUUGAUCCCAACCCAUUUGUGGCCAGCUGUGUCUCUGACCUCUGUGUAUCCGAUGAUGAGGAGACAUUUUGCCGGACCUUGGUAGAGUACACCCGGGCCUGCUCUCAUGUGGGGUAUCCAGUGAGGGAAUGGAGGGAUAGCUUCCCCUCUUGCAACGAUGGCUGCGAGGAGAGCUUCGUGUACAGAGACUGUAUCAGUUGCUGCCCUCCCACCUGCACCUUUGACAAAGAGUGCCUUGGAACCAACCUCCAUUGCCUGGAUGGCUGCUACUGUCCUGAUGGGCUCAUUUUACAAAAUGGAACAUGUAUAGCGGCUUCCCAGUGUCCGUGUGUUUACCACGGUUCGUCAUACGUGCACGGACAUGUGCUUCGACAGGGUUGCAAUGUUUGUAUUUGCAUGGGAGGCGUUUGGAACUGCACUGAGAACAACUGCACGGCGGAGUGUUCGGUGGUGGGCGAUGUAUUUGUGACCACGUUUGACGGAAGGAUGUUUCUCCAGCCGGGUGCGUGCCAGUACGUUCUCGCAAAGAGCCUCGGCAGCAGCAGAUUUACCAUCACGCUGCAGUACACGACCUGCACCGAGAAGCAGGCGUGUAUUCAGUCGGUGACUCUGGUGCUGGAGGAGGAUGUGAGUCGUCAGAUCACUCUGACCAGAGAAGGAGGGGUGAUGAUCGGCGUCAACUCGGCACCUCUCCUGCCUUAUAUUGAUGAUGCAAUGGAUGUGCGCAAGCUGACCUCGGUGUUCACCCAACUGAAGGCACGAGUGGGGCUGAGGUUGCAUUACGAUGGCACAGGAGGGCGAGUCCAUCUGCAGCUGGACAGCCGCUGGCGUGGAUUGACGCUCGGCCUUUGCGGGACCUUGAAUGGAAAUCUUCGAGAUGACUUUCUGUCCCCUGCAGGUAUGAUUGAGGGUACGCCACAGCUUCAUGCCAACGCUUGGAAGGUGUCCUCAGCCUGUGUCGCGCCGGUUAACUUGCCCAUCAUUGACCCGUGUGAGAUGAACCUACAGAACGUAUUCUAUGCCUCCCAGUGUGACGUGCUCCUGGGGAAUCUGUUCACCCCGUGUCAUGGCUACAUUGGUCCAAACAUCUACCGGCAGCAGUGUCGCUACCAGGCCUGCCGCUGCGGAAGCGCUUGUCUGUGCACCGCUCUGGCUCACUACACUCUGCUCUGCUCUAAGCACGGCGUUGACAUUAAUUUCCGAGCACACAUCUCCGAAUGCGGAGUGGUUUGUCUCGGAGGGAUGCUGUACCACUCGUGUGUGUCGUCCUGCGGGCGGUCCUGUCGUGAUCUGUCCAGCAUGGAGCUGUGUAACCCAGAUGACUGCGCUGAGGGGUGUGGCUGUCCUGACGGCAGUUACUAUGACGACAUGCGCCAGCGAUGUGUGCGACUGGCACAGUGCCACUGCUAUACCAUGGCUGGUGUGUCUCAACCAGGCGAGGUCUUCUUCAGCGCCACUGGACCCUGCCUGUGCAGGAAUGGGAAGCUAGAGUGUGUGCCAGAGGAAAAAGAGCCAGACAGCCCAGAAAUCGGGCAGUGCCCCACGGGUAAAGUAUACCACAGUUGCGCUGAGCACAGAGGCGGCUUGGCUUGUGCGCCAACAUGCCGCAAUCUCAUGUUGAACGUAACCUGCCCACCCAACACGCCGUGCAUCCCGAGCUGUGUCUGCCCUCCUGGGCUGGUACUGCACCGCGGGGAUUGUUACUAUCCAGAGAACUGCCCCUGUGUCUGGCUUGGCCUGGAGUAUCUCCCUGGAGAAACUGUGGAAACGUCCUGUUAUAAAUGUGUGUGUCAACGUGGUUAUUUUAACUGCAGUUAUUCACCGUGUCCAGCUGUGUGUACCGUCUACAGCGACAGACAUUACCACACCUUCGAUGGCCUGGAGUAUGACUACCACUCCAACUGUCAGGUCUACCUGCUCCAAAGUUCAGGAGAAACUGAAGUAUCCAUUGUUGCCCAAAACAAGGACUGCUAUGAAAGUGGCAUUGUGUGCAUGAAAACACUGGUCAUACACGUAGGGCUUACCAAGAUCUACUUCAUGGACAACUCUGGCAAUCCUAGCCCAUCUACUGUGGUGGGUCGAGAGUCAGUGUUUGAGCUGUGGAAAGCCGGUUUCUACACCGUGGUCUACUUCCCCGAUCAGGACCUGACCGUCCUCUGGGACCGUAAGACCACCGUGCACAUCAGAGCCGGGCCUCGGUGGAAAGGCCUUCUCAGCGGACUUUGUGGAAAUUUCGAUGCUGUGACCAUUAACGACAUGACCACGUCGAGCCACAUGGAGGUUAACAAUGCGCAGACCUUUGGAGAUAGCUGGACGCUGGGACAGUGUCAAAGUGACUACGUAGUGGAGCGACCAUGCGAAGCUGACUUGGGAAGACAGCCGUACGCCAAGAGGGAAUGUGCACUCCUGUACAGUGAGGUCUUUGCAACUUGUCACAAUGUGGUGGAUGUGGCCUGGUUCUACAGAAACUGCCUGACCGACACUUGCAACUGCAACCGAGGGGGCGACUGUGAGUGUCUGUGCACGUCCAUCGCCGCCUAUGCGCACAAAUGUUGCCAGCACGGUAUCUCCAUACACUGGAGGUCACCCUCUGUGUGUCCCCAGGAUUGUGAAUACUACAACCAAGCACUAGGCGACGGCCCGUAUUCCUUGGUGAGCGCUGUCCACAAUAACACGAUGAUAGGAGUUAAUCGCACCAGUGGAUCAGUGUUUCCGCUGGUGAGGCAUACGUCAGGCCAUUUGCCUGCCCAGGGCCUCCUCUUCAACUUUAUGGUCACGGCAGGCCUGCACAGGAACAGGACGUCACGUGUCCCUGUGGUGUCCCUCGAGUCCGCGGAGAGACCCAACUUUUUCCUUGUGGUGUCGGAAAAGAGAUGUGUCCAGCUGGAGCGCUGGAGUCGAGGGGAGGAGUUCAGACGUCGGGCGACGUUCAUCCAGCAUCAGGGGCUGUUUCUGCCAGGUCACACCUCGUUCGAACUUGCCGGCCAACCGGGAAUCUUUCUGACACUGACACGCACCACUGCUCGAGCUCUGAGAUAUGACACGUCUGCCGGCUUCAAAGCCAGCAGUAGCUUCAUACUCGAGGAGACUCACUUUGUCAUCCCCUAUCGGCUAAUGUGUGAGUGGCGCUAUCAGGCCUGUGCCAGCCCAUGCGUGCGCACUUGCAAUGACCCUGAUGCUAAACGCUGCCGCUUCCUGCCUCUCGUGGAGGGCUGCUUUCCACGAUGUCCCAAGGAAAUGAUCCUAGAUGAGGUCACCAACAGAUGUGUCUACAUGGAGGAUUGUGUAACUCUUCCCCCGACUCCCACCCCCUAUGCAUUUGUGACACAGCCUGACAUAACUACGACAUCUCCACCGAUAACACUUUCCACAAAGAGGCCUACGAUUAUCACAACCACUAAGAGCACCACUAGAGUGGUCACUACAUCCUCCACCUCUAUGAGGCCAGAGACCUUCGCCACUACUUUCAGUCCAUUUCCUCCAAGGAUCCCCUUCACUACAACUCCCCCCACAAGUACACCCACUCAGAUGACCCCAACACCCUCAACUGCUCCCACAGAGCCUUCCACGUCGCCCUUUAUUUUAACUCCAACCCUUUCAGUUACUCCCACCACAACCGUUACCACACCUUCAACCCCAUUGCCACCUACCCCCAUGACCUCGACGCCACCUCCCGUCAUCUCCCCCGCCACAAGCACCAUUAGCAUGGCUAUUCCUUCUCAACCUCAACCCGCCGCUAUCACACCGGUGGACGUUUCGACGGUUGCCGAGGCAAUCUCUGCGCCAACUGGCACGAGCACCAAGCCGGUGACAACAGAAUUAUUCACAAGCCAAGACAUAUCUCCGACAAAAGAGGAGGGGUCGACCACGUCUCCGUUCUUCAUGCCCACAACACCCUGUACUCCUCCAUACGUCUACCGUCUUGACGAGUGUGCAGAGCUCAUCUGUUUCAACGGGCAGCUGCUGCUUUACAACGCGUCCCUGCAUUGCCGCUUCAACACCACCCGACCUCGGUGUAGCCUGCUAGGCCUGCCCGUCCUCAUCAACAUGGACCCCUGCUGCCCACAAUGGCGUUGCCCUUGUCGUUGUACUGUGAUGUCUGACCUCCGCGUGAUCACGUUUGAUGGCAACAACGUGGCUUUGUAUGAUAACGGCUCCUACAUCAUGGUUAAGCUACCGGGAGAGACUAUUAUUGGCACAGUUGAAAAAUGCCCAACCGGCCAGAGCGUAAACUCAAUCAGAAGACCUAGUCCAACAGGUGGAACAUCUGGUCUGUGUUUGAAGAAAUUAAAUAUCACUACCUCUUACGACCGCAUUGUCAUCAAUCGACUGGAUCGAAAGGUAACAAUGAACUCCAGGCCAACUAGGCUGCCGUUCUCCCGCCACUCUCUUCAUGUGGAAGACACCGGCACUAUGUAUCUUAUCAAAACACCUGGCCAUGUCAGCAUACAGUGGUAUCACAGCACUGGGAUCAUGGUGCUGCAGUACAUCACGCCAAACGAAGCAUCUGUGUACACUCGAGGCCUGUGCGGUUACUGCGACGGCAACCCGGAGAAUGACCUGAGGUUGCCCAAUGGCACCGUGGUGAGGGAGGUGGGAGACAUGAUCCUCUUCCUACAGGCUUGGAGGGUGCCCACGCCCGACGAAAGCGAGCACAUUCGCAGGGUCGGUGACAACUGCACCAUCGGGGAUUGCUCUAUUUGUCUCUACAUGCUCCACCAGAGAGCCUUCAUAUCGUGCCAUAGCAAGGUGCCUCCGGAUCAAUUCUGUGACAUCAUGUGGGCAGGCGACCUGCACUACAAGGACCACCAGUGUGACUUUCUGGCGGCGUACGUGGCCGUCUGCUACACGCACCAAGUGUGCGUCAGCUGGAGACGACACAAUUUCUGCCCUCUGCGGUGCCCCCCCGGUAAGGAGUAUCGUCCUUGCGUGAACACCUGCGCCAGCCUCACCUGUCUAAACAGGGACUACUACAAGGAGACCGCUUGCCCCUUCGUCCGGGAAGAGUGCGUUUGCCGUGGCGGGACCCUCUUGCAUCGCGCCGACUCCCCGCACUGCGUGACCGAGGAUCGCUGCGUAUGCACGGACAGUGAAGGCAGGCCCCGGGCCCCUGGUGAGGUGUGGAACGGCUCCGCUCAAGGCUGCUGCCUGUACAAGUGCAUGGAGAAUGGCUCCGUGCUGGCUGUGGACCCCGACUGCGGCUUUGUUCCGACGCCGCUGUGCGAGAGGCAGGGCGAGUACGUGCUUGACGUGCUGGAGGAAGGCGCCUGCUGCCCCAAGAAGAUCUGUGAAUGCAACAUGACCAAAUGUGACAGUGAAGCACCAGCUUGUGACCACGGCGACCGACUGGUGAUCGGUUACAGCGCCCUCUCCUGCUGUCCAGAGUACCGAUGCGAGUGUGACCCUGCGGCGUGUCCCCCUGCACUCAUCCCCAACUGUAGGGAAGACCAGUUUUUAGUGGAGAUACGUUGGGGGAAACUGUGCUGCUAUUCUUACCUCUGUGUGUGUGAAUCGUGCAUGGAGCCAGUUCCUACCUGCUUGCAAGGAGAAAUCCUGGCUGUGGAUUUGAACACCACCCAAAGCUGCUGCCCACACUAUCUUUGUGUGUGUGAUGUCAACAAGUGUCCCAAAUCAUCUGUGAGCUGUGCACCGGGUCUUACUUUGGUUGAAACCACUCCAUCGGGCUAUUGCUGUCCGCAGCAGCACUGUGAAUGUCAGUGUGAGGACAGUGCUCUCCAAGUGUGCCAGCUUGGGGAGGUUCUAUUCGAGGUCCCAGACAUCAGCAGCAGCGACUGUGGCUGUCCUCGACACGCAUGCCAGAAAGCAGAGGUGUGCCUUUUCCAAGGAGUAACAGUUCUGGGACCGGGCCAAUCCCUCAUUCAGUACUUUGAGACAGAGUUGUGCUAUACUGUCCAAUGCCUGCAUCACAAAGAUCCAAACACAGGCUUCUAUGCCAUGGAAAUCACUUCAGCCAACUGCUCCCAGCAAUGUAAACCUAACCAGGUAUACGUAUCAUCUGCUGACCCUCAGGUGUGCUGCGGCUCCUGUAAAAACAUCUCCUGCGCAUUCACCAGCAACAAUGGGACCACAGAGCUUUUUACCGUGGGAAGCUCCUGGGUGGAGAACUGCACCAGUUACAACUGCAUGGAAACACCGGUGGGGGCCGUGGUUCUAGGGUCUGGCGUGGUUUGCCCACCUUUCAAUGAAACCGAGUGCACUCAGAAAGGUGGUGUGGUUCAGAGGUACUUGGACGGCUGCUGCAGGACAUGCAAAGAGGACGGUAAGACAUGCAAGCGAGUGGCCAUCCGGACCACCAUACGUAAAGAUGACUGCAGGAGCAACACACCUGUGACAGUCUUCUCCUGUGAUGGAAAAUGUCCGUCGGCCACCAUCUUCAACUUCAACAUCAACAGUCACGCCAGGUUCUGCAAGUGCUGCCGUGAGAACGGACUGCAGUCCCGCUCAGUGGCGCUCUACUGCACACGCAAUGCCACCAGGGUGGCGUACCGCUUUCAAGAGCCCCUGGACUGUACCUGCCAGUGGAACUGA